GAGUUUUUCCAAGUUGUCUCUCAAAAGUCUCAAACUCCAAGCCCGAUUGAAUGUCUGAAAGUACUCCAACAUCAUCGGGUGCAACUCCAGCGCCAGUUCGAGCUCCAGCCCCAGUGACAAUGAUGAGCAGCACAGCAGGAAGCAGCCAUGCUGCCGCAGACUCCAUGACAAGUGCAAGUAGCAGUGCUCGGCAGGUCGUCGCUCCACCUGGCAAACCGAACUCGGGCAGCCGAACCGCUGUUCCGUCGCGCUCCACCGCCGCUGCAUCUGCCCCACUGCCUGGCGGUGGUCUGCAGGCAUCUGCGUCUGGAUCUCACGCCGGUCAGAAGGGCCAGAAGCCACCGAAGAACCAUCCCAAGCAGCCGCGACCGCCCAAAGCCCAGCGCGCCAACCAACAAGCAAACCAAGCGCCACGGCCGCGAACUGCUACGGCCGCUGCCAUGCUGGCGGAGAAUGGAUCUGAGGUGGCUGCUGCAUCAUCGAGCAGUGACAGCCCGCCCGCCGGCACCGCAGCAGCUUCGACUGGCGCGGUUUCGCACUCAGAACCUCGCCCUUUUGGGAAGGCUGCCCGUCGCGCCAACCAGGACCAAACGUACGAAAAGCAAAAGGGGGCUGCUUCUGGGCAGAUCCGACGCUUCGAAAGGGAAAAGCGUCCCGCCAAGCCAAAGCCCAGUGAUGCUCUCCCCAACGCCGCUUCAACUCCAACGGAUGCUGCGGACGCUCCAACCGGUGCCGUUCAAUCGAGCAGCCCAAAUCAGCAAGCUACAUCAACCGAGCAGCUGUCUGGAGAGAAGGAGCAGUUUGCAAAGAACCUGUUGACUUGGUUUCCUACAACGUCGAUUCCCAUCUCUGAGCGAUUGUCUCACUAUGCAUCUACUUCUGCUGAGGCCAAUCCUCUACCUGCCAUGGCAUUGCAAUCUGCGCCGUCCGACCUGCCGACGUUGACCGACUUGCUCUCUGCGUUACCCGCCACACCACCUCCAUUGCCAGAGCCGACCGCUUCACACGUUGACGUUGUGGAUCAUGCCUCGGUUGCCGGGGAAUCGUCGUCGUCGUCGUCGUCGUCGUCGUCAUCAUCAUCAUCAUCCUCAUCAGCGUCUUCCUCUGCUUCUGCCUCUGCUUCUGCCUCUGCUUCGACUUCCUUGCCCCCUCAAGACCGCGAACGCCGCCCACACUCGGCACUCGAGCAUGACUUGGCAGAAAUCCUUGAGCGAAUCACACCCACCACGCGGGAUUUCCAUCGCAUUGUGCUUUUACAACAGCGCGUCGAGCAAUUGCUUCAACACCGUUUUCCUGAGUGGGAUGCUUCGAUCGAAAUGUUUGGCUCGUCAGUCAACUCGUUCAAUCUCAGAGAUGCUGACGCUGACAUGUGUGUCUAUGUGAACGAUGCUCAGUCAAAGACUUUGGUGAUUCGGCGAAUUGCCAAGUAUCUUCGACAACAUAUGACAAAAGUCGCUUGUAUUGCUGGAGCCAAAGUACCCAUAGUCAAGUUUUUCGAUCCUGAAAGUCAAACUUCGUGCGAUCUCAGCGUGAAUCAAGUGUUAGGAAUUCUGAACUCUCGCAUGCUUCGGACGUAUGCGACGAUCGAUCCACGCGUCUAUCGACUUGGUCGCAUUGUUAAACUGUGGGCCAAAAACCGUCAAAUCAACGAUCCCCCGAGCGGCACGCUCAGCAGCUACGCCUUUGUGAUGCUGGUGCUCUACUUUUUGCAGCGGAGACCGGUGCCCGUCGUGCCUUGUCUUCAGGAAGCGUUGCCUCCUGAUUUCCCCCAUGGGCCUCAGCCGUACUUUGUGACGGAUGACAACAGCAUCAAUGCCGCUUUUGUUGGCGAUCUGAGCUCCAUCGAGCGAGCAGGCUAUGGCGCCGCGUCCCGGAAUACCGAAUCCUUGGCGGAGCUCGUGCUGGCGUUUUUCAACUUUUAUGCAUACGAUUUCACGCAUCACGAGCAAGUCAUUACCAUUCGAACGCUUCGUCCAGUCACUCUUGAUCAAACGAGCUUUGGGAAAAAUUCUGGUGUAUUGCUCCACAUCCAAGAUCCGUUCGAUCUAUCGCAUGAUCUCUGCCGUGGUUUGUUUAAAAACUCAUAUGUCGGAACGAUGGACGAGUUCAAGCGGGCAGCUGACUUGUUAAAUCGGGGUGAUUCGCUUGCGCGAGUGGUCGAGCGGUUUGAAAUAACUCAGUCUUGAGGCCCAUUUCCCCCCCCCCUUUUUUCGAUUUUCGUUCGUUGACACUUCAUCCUUAAUUGUACAUUCGUUAGCAUUCAGCAUUGAAAAUAUCAAAACCUGU